AUGAGCCCGCUGCCCAACGCCACAGAAGACGGCAAGAAAGCCCAGCCGGCAAGCGACGAGGCUGCACUUGCUGCUGUUGCCGAGAACGACGCCCUCACAGCCAAGGCAUCAGGGGAAAAUCUGCGUCUGGAUAUUCCGCAAAAUCCCAGCCAUCGAGUCGCUUCCCCUACGCUUUCGGUUUUCUCCUUGGAGGACUAUCCUUCGGCGCACACUGCCACAUCCUCAACCUUCCUGCUGUCUCAAUCUUUUCAUCAACAUGGACUUCCAAAUUCUUCUGAAAAACGACCUCAGACAUGGAUGGGCCGACUGCACGCGUUAUGGUCGCACAAUAAGGGGCUCAUCCUAGUUCUUGUGUCACAGUUCUUCGGCGUUGGUAUGAAUGUCACAACCAGAAUUCUAGAGAUAGAGGGCAACCACGGAAAAGGCUAUCACCCAUUUCAGGUACUGUUCGCUCGCAUGGGAAUUACAUUAGUCCUAUCGUCUUUCUACGUGUGGUGGAAGAAGGUCGAGCAUGCACCGUUUGGACCAAGAGAGGUUCGUUGGCUACUUGCACUGCGCGGCUUUGGUGGAUUUUUCGGUGUAUUUGGCAUGUACUACUCGCUACUGUAUCUUCCUCUUUCCGACGCCACGGUGAUCACGUUCCUGGCGCCCUCUCUGGCCUGCUUCGCCUGCUCCAUCCUCAUCAAAGAGCCUUUCACCCGCAUGGAGCAGGUCGCCGCCUUCAUCUCCCUCUUCGGCGUCGUGCUGAUCGCGCGGCCCACUUCCCUCUUCUCCCCUUCCUCCCCUUCCUCAUCGACCCCGCCCCCAUCCAACGGCACGACCUCCGCUCCCGACGCCACCGACGCGGGCGACUAUUCGUCCGUCACGCCCGAACAGCGCGCGCUGGCCGUGGCCGUCGCGCUCCUCGGCGUGCUCGGCGCCGCCACGGCGUACACGACGCUGCGGUGGAUCGGCAAGCGCGCGCACGCCCUCAUCUCGGUCAACUACUUCGCCGUGUGGUGCACGUUCGUGUCGGUGCUCGCCAUGACGUUCAUCCCGGGCAUCCCGUUCCUGCUGCCCUCGUCGCUGCGCGACUGGGCGCUGCUCGGCUUCCUCGGCCUGUGCGGCUUCGUCAUGCAGUUCCUGCUCGCCGCCGGCCUGCAGCAGGAGAAGAGCAGCCGCGCGACCAACAUGGUCUACUGCCAGAUGCUGUUCGCGCUCGCCGGCGACAAGCUCGUGUUCGGGACGAGUCCGGAUGCGUGGGGGUGGGCGGGGAGCAGUUUGAUUUUGGGGAGUGCGAUUUACGUGGCGGUGCGGAAGGAGCAGAGUAAGGGGGUCGGCAGGAAGGAGGAGGUGAGGGAUGAGGAGAGGGCGCUUGUGGACGCCAUUGAUGAAGAGGAAGAGGAUGUUGUCGAAGAGGAACGAGUGGGUGGAGCGGGGAGGAGUAGUGAAGAAAGAGACGAGGGAACCCGGUCGGGAGAAGGGAGGAAUUAG